GAUGUUGAAGAAAUCCAGGAGAUAUCUUUCGAGAUACAUUUUGCUGCAUAAGCACUCAGCCAACAGCGUGAAUCUUUCCGACAUGGUGGCGUUAGUUAAAGAGCAUGAAGACGUUCUGGCCAACGUCACGCUAGACUGUUUCCCUACCGGCGCUAUCCCUAUCAAAGACUUCUCCACCCACAGUUUUCUUUCAAAGUUGCAGUCGGAGAAAGUAUCAUGUACCUGGAAUAGUAAGAUGAAUUUGGCGGUGGCUAUGCUGAUGAGGAAGAUGUUUCCCAGACCUAACCUGUUACCCCCGGAAUCCGAAGUGGCGCCAAAGAAGUUUAUAUUCGUGGAUGGUCCUGGGACCGGUAGUAGGAAAAUGAAUGAAGGUUUCUCAGACUUCGCUUACGCCUGCUACGUGCAGGGGCAAGGGCAGCGAACUGUCAAAUUUUCACCGCCUCGUGAGUGUCGAAAUGCAUGUCGGGACGUUCACGUGACUGUCAUGGAAGGCGACACACUUCUAUUUCCUGGCGGCCUCUGGGAUGUUCAGCUACUGGCUAACACGAAGUCCACCAGUCUCGCCUUUGAGGGCUAUAUCUACAUAUAAAUCAGUCACAUGAACUAGUAUAUAUGAUAUAAACACUAGUCUUAUAACUGUUCUGGGGCGGUGGGGUAGCCUAGUGGUUAAAGCGUUCGCUCGUCACGCUGAAGACCCUGGUUCGAUUCACCACAUGGGUACAAUAUGUGAAGCCAAUUUCUGGUGUCCCCCGCCGCGAUAUUGCUGGAAUAUUGCUAAAAGCGUCGUUAAAACCCAACUCACUCACUCACUCACUAUAACUGUUCUGAAAUGUUUCUGAUGAUUUCGGAGACGUUUAACACUUCAGAACCGUUGACGUUUCCAACACUUGCGAGGGCGGUGGGGUAGCCUAGUUGUUAAAGCGUUGGCUCGUCACGCCGAAGACCCGGGUUCGAUUCCCCACAUGGGCACAAUGUGUUAAGCCUAUUUCUGGUGUCCCCCGCCGUGAUAUUGCUGGAAUAUUGCUAAAAGCGGCGUAAAACUAAACCCAGUCAGUCAGUCCAACGCUUGCGGCACACGAUAACAAAAUUUCUUCUUUUCUGUUUUCUCAAGUAGACUGGAGAUUGACAGUAUUUGCGUGGUGUAACAGUUGAGUUGUUUUUUUCGUGAAAUAUUCUCAUUAAUCUUAUUUUAAGUAGACAGACUUAAAUUGCCCUUUUCUUAAAGGAUUAUUUGUGUGCAUAAUGUAAGGUAA